CGACAGAGAAGACCGAAACGUGGCCACUGGCCAUUAUUGUUUCUCUAUUUGUAUUUAGUGCAUACAUGUACGCAUAUAUGUCGUGUAGUAGAUGAAACAUUGUUAGUCAUUGUUUGUAUCCGGAUACAUUAGUCUGAGCGCACUUUAUCAAGUCUUGUGCGAGUUAGCUUAGCUUAGCUUGUUAGCUUAGCUUGUUAGCUGCUAACAAAGAGACGCGGACGUUAUCAACACAUCGCUAAGUAGAGAUCAAAUGUGAGUGUAAAGUGUUGUGAUUGUGGGAAAAUGUGCGAAAGAACGAUAGCAAAGUAUGAGGAGGAACUUUGUCCAACAAAAGAGGAGAAGGAGCGACAACAUCAACUACUGGACGCUGUUUUCAAGAAACAUCAAGUUGUGUUACACAGAACAGACAUCCAGCAGCCCCCUCACAUUAAAGAGGAAGAAGAGGAUCCACAGCCCCCUCACAUUAAAGAGGAAGAAGAGGAUCCACAGCCCCCUCACAUUAAAGAGGAAGAAGAGGAUCCACAGCCCCCUCACAUUAAAGAGGAAGAAGAGGAUCCACAGCCCCCUCACAUUAAAGAGGAAGAAGAGGAUCCACAGCCCCCUCACAUUAAAGAGGAAGAAGAGGAUCCACAGCCCCCUCACAUUAAAGAGGAAGAAGAGGAUCCACAGCCCCCCCACAUUAAAGAGGAAGAGGAGGAAGUGUGGAUCACUCAGGAGGGAGAGUGUCUUCUAGGGCAGGAGGAGGAUGAUGUCAGCAAGUUUCCACUGACUGUUGUCUCUGUGAAGACUGAAGAGCAUGAAGACAAACCACCUGAGUCCUCACAGCUUCAUCACAGUCCAAACGUCCAGCGGGUGUCAGCGGGGAGUCAUGAAGAGGAGUGGCACACCAGUGUGGGACAGAAGGAGCUACAGGCCCCCUCCCACAUUAAAGAGGAGCAGCUUCAUGAUGAAGAUGAAGCUCAGUCCUUACAGCUUCAUCACAGUCAAAGUGAGGAGAACAGAGAGGCGGAGCUUAUGUCCAGCAGCCCCCUCACAUUAAAGAGGAAGAGGAGGAUCCACAGCUCCUCCCACAUUAAAGAGGAAAAGGAGGAAGUGUGGAUCACUCAGGAGGGAGAGUGUCUUCUCGGGCAGGAGGAGGCUGAUCUCAGCAAGUUUCCACUGACUGUUGUCUCUGUGAAGACUGAAGAGCAUGAAGACAAACCACCUGAGUCCUCACAGCUUCAUCACAGUCCAAAUGUCUGUAAAGAACAACUUCUGCCUGAAAAACAGGAGUGUAGCUUCAGGAUGGUGAAGGAGGAUCCAUCAAAGAGGAAGACCAGGCACCACAGACCCUCUGGUGUCUCCUUUUCCUCUUUGACACAGACCCUGCCCUGUAAAAAGGAAGAGGAAGACUCACUGACCCCCCACAUUAAAGAGGAAGAGGAGGAACACAGCAUCAGUCAGGAGGGAGAUCAUCUUGAAGGACUGGUGGAGUUCCCAGUGACUGGUGUCCCUGUGAAGAGUGAAGAUGAUGAGGUCAAAGGUGAAAGUGAGGAGAAGAGCAGCAGCUCAACACAACACAUGACAACAGAAGCUGAUGGAGACCACUGUGGAGGAUCACAAGCAGACAAGCUCUUAGCUCCACUAUCAGAUAGUGAGGACACAACGUCACACUCUCCUGACACUGAUGAUGAAGACUCUAAAGAUGAUAAGACAUGUCACACUCACUUCAAAUGUUCUCACUGUGACAAAACCUUUAAAUACCAUUGUCAUAUGAAAAGACACAUGAGAAUACACACUGGAGAGAAACUAUUUUCUUGUUCAACCUGUGGCUUAUCUUUUACAAGAAAGCAAACUAUGAUAGCUCACACAAGAACACACACGGGAGAAAAACCUUUUUCUUGUUCAAUCUGUGGCUUAUCUUUUACAAGGAAGGAAAAUAUGAAAGAGCACACAAGAACACACACUGGAGAAAAACCUUUUUCUUGUUCGAUCUGUGGCUUAUCUUUUACAAGGAAGGAAAAUAUGAAAGAGCACACAAGAACACACACCGGAGAAAAACCUUUUUCGUGUUCUGUGUGUGAUUCGAGGUAUGUACGAAGUCGAGAUUUGAAAAAACACCUGAAAAGACACACUGGGGAAGACGUUUUUAAGUGUUCUGUGUGUAAUUCAAAUUUUGUCCGAGGUGAACAUUUGAAAAUCCACAUGAGAACACACACAGGAGAAAAACCUUUUUCUUGUUCAAUCUGUGGCUUAUCUUUUACAAGGAAGGUCAAUUUGAAAGAGCACACAAGAACACACACUGGAGAAAAACCUUUUUCUUGUUCAAUCUGUGGCUUAUCUUUUACAAGGAAGGCCAGUUUGAAAGAUCACACAAGAACACACACUGGAGACAAACCUUUUUCCUGUUCAAUGUGUGAUUCAAGUUUUGCACGAAGUCGAGAUUUGAAAAGUCACAUGAGAAAACACUCUGGAGAAAAAGUGUUGAGUUGCAGUGUGUGUGAUGAAAGAUUCUCGCAUGAGUACCAACUUAACAAACACAAGUGUGCUGGUGAGAACAGCAGCAGUAAAAUAGAAAUGCGCUCCGCAGACCUCCACCAGGCCAAAUCUCCCAGUUGUAAAGAAUCCCUCAAAAGAAAGCUGAAUCCAAAUGAUGAUCAGGAUCAACACCCAAAUCUAAUCACUUGUUCCUUAUCUCAUUUCUGAAAUGUCCUAAAAGUUUCGUCAGCAUCUGACUAUACUUUUUUUGUUAUAAUUCCAACUAAAUGACAAUCAAACAAACCCCAAAUCACGUUUAGUUACUUUUCAAUUACUUCAAUCACUAACAUGUAAAUAUGUUUCUUAGUUACACAUCCUGGAAAACAACAUCCACACAACAGUUUAUUUUUAUUAUUCAUUCUUACUAAUGUAUUUAGUUGUGUACUAACACAUCAAUCUGUAUUUCUGCUAAUAUUUAAGAAGUGAUGAUGAUGUUAUGGUUCAGUGUGCCCCUUCACUAGUUUCCAAAACUAGUCUCCACCAUGGUGGUGCCAGCGGUCCUACUACUUGUACACUAUACAAUAUAAUUAUGCACACCUUUUGUACGAUAGGCAUUUUUGUUUGUACUAGCAAUUUGAAACCAGCGCUGUAUCCUUUAGAUGUGACCUUGUAGAAUAAAAUGUCUGUUUUUUAUGACUAAUGAUCUGAUUUUUUGAGAUGUUUUAACAAAAAUAAAAGUCUAUUAUUUCAA